AUGAGCGUCAAGAACGAACCGAAGAUGGGCGUGGCUACGGUGAGCACCAUAACUAACCGGGCAGUCGUUCAGCUAUACACACCCGGACUACAUAUGGUCUACGUCUCUCUAGCUUACGGUAGAUUUCGCCUUGUGACCGUCCGAAGUGCUGUAAGCAGGAGUCGAAUUCUGAACAUGGCUGACUGCCCUGUCCGUGUCCGUCAUCUCUGCUAUGGAUGA